GGAUGAAACGCGUUUUCUAGAAAGUGAUGUCUUUAUUUAUAACAUGGACAUCGGUUGGCUUUUCUUUGAUAUUACUCGUUUGACAAUUUUAUCCACUGAAAGGGAUAGCAUUACAGUGAAGUGCUAUCCCAGAAAGAGCCGCGCAUUGAUCCACAUUGUAUUUUUGGGGUAAAUAUAGUCACGUGUUUGCAGACAACCAAUAGGCAGAAGGAGACCUCGUAGAAAUAAUUACCUGCCUUGAUUGUUCUAUGAGCAGAUAAAAAAGUACACAUACACUUCAUACAAUAAUCUGAUGAAUGUAAAACAGACUGGAGGCAUCAUCAUGUCGACAACCGGUCCUAUAAGCAACUAUUAUGUGGAUUCCUUAAUUAACCAUGAAAGCGAAGAGGUGUUGGCGUCUCGAUUUUCGGCCACCGGAUCGCACCCCUCAGGGUCCCGAGCGACAGGCUUGGUACCGGAUUGUACAGAUUUCCCGUCUUGUAGUUUUGCACCUAAGCCCUCCGUUUUCACCACGUCCUGGGCCCCAGUGCAUUCUCAGUCUUCAGUGGUCUACCACCCCUACACGCAUCAGCCGCACAUAGGGCCAGACUCCAGGUACGUGCGUUCCUGGUUGGAACCCAUCUCGGGCGCCGUAUCUUUUCCCGGCUUUGCGACGAACAGCAGACACUACGGGCUCAAAGCAGACACGUACCCCGGCAGAAGGAGUGGGGAGUGCGCCGCUCCCGAUGGCAGAAACUAUGCGGACUAUCUGUAUGGAUCUUCGACGGAGUUCAGGGAUAGGACUCCGCAAACCAUUCCGUCCCCGGAAUCGGAGCCCAUAGCUUCCAGUAAGCACAAGGAAGAGAAGACAGAAAUAGACCCAAACAACCCCGUGGCCAACUGGAUCCAUGCGCGCUCCACCAGAAAGAAGAGGUGCCCGUACACUAAAUAUCAGACCCUGGAAUUGGAGAAGGAGUUUUUAUUCAAUAUGUAUCUUACAAGGGACCGCCGAUAUGAGGUGGCAAGAGUCCUUAAUCUCACUGAACGCCAAGUUAAAAUAUGGUUUCAGAACAGGCGGAUGAAAAUGAAGAAAAUGAAUAAAGAAAAGGGAGACAACAAGGAGCAAUGAUACUUCCGUCCACUAUAAAAGAAAGAACUUCAUAAACAAAAGAAGCCGUUCGCAAACAGCGACGUAAAAAAGAGAAAAGAAAGUAAAAAGAGACACAUUAAGCAACGACUUUGCUUUUUUUUUUUUUGGUCUGUUUUUCUUUUAACCAGAACUGUUUGGUUUAUAUUCUUCACUUAUUUUUAGACUUUGAAUGUGCAAAUUGUUCAUUUAAUGUUUAGGAUAGCCACCGAUCUGCAACGUCUUUGGAAAAAAAAGUAUUUUCACCAAGUUGCUGCGGUAAUAUCAUAAUGUCUUUAAUUAUGAAGAAAGUACUUGAAUUUUGUUUUUAAUAAUGUGUAACUUAUGACAGUCCCGUGCUUAAAUCCUCCCUCCCCAUCCUACCCCCCAAGAGUUUGUAAGCGCGAAUCUUGCAUAUUUUGUACAAAAAAAAAGGGCAGGAACGUCUAUCUGUGUGCGUAUGUCAAGUUGUGGUCAUAGUUAAUAUUGUACUUCUCUGUGUAAUUUUUACAUUCGUAUCACUAACUAAAGUGAUAUUAUUAUGUUCUCUUGUAGAAUGUAGCUAUAUUUAAAUAUAUGUGACGCCACCUCACGAGUCCAAGUGGUUGUCCUUUUCCAUGCGCUACAAGUAGAAAUGCCGUCAACUGUUUACAGCUUAAGUCAAAAAAAAAAAAAAAAGAAGAAGUGUAGUGAAUGGAGUUUCAGGUCAAUAAACAAAGUACCAACUUUCAAA